CACUCCACAUACACGACAGUACAUACAGAUGAUACAGGACAUGUAGAAUGAGGUAUUGUUAAUCAUUUGUGGAAUAUUCCGUGAUUUCCUAGAUGCUUCUAUGUCUGCUUUGAUUUGCUGUUCAUGAAGCAAUUCUCUUUUAACUGAUUGCAUUCAAUAUUCAUGUAAAUAAUUAUGAAAUUCACAAACACGACAAAUAUCAAAGACUUCAUGAUCAUCGGAUUCCCUGGACUUCCACCUGAGUUCAAUGGAGCGGUGUCUGUUCUCCUCCUCCUCGUUUUUCUGGCCAUUGUGGUGGGAAACACUUUCAUUUUAACCGUGAUUCUGUUCGAGCGGACUCUUCGCAAACCGACAUAUUUCAUCUUCUGCCACCUGGCAAUGACAGACAUGACUUUUGGCACCGCGACGCUUCCAAAAAUCAUUGCCAGGUACUGGUGGAAUGACACGACAACAUCAGUCGGCGCCUGCUUUACACAGAUGUUCCUCGUCCACUCUUUGGGAACGAUUAAUUCGUUAAUUUUGCUGAUCAUGGCCUUGGAUCGUUUCGUUGCCAUAUGGCUUCCUUUCCGAUAUCCUGUUUGGGUCACGAACAAAACAGUUUUCAUUGCUUGUGUCUUGUCCUGCCUCGUAUCAUUCAUAUGUAUGCUGGGGAUCGUGCUCCACGCUUUAACUUUGCCGUACUGCAACCUCAAUAUCAUUGUACAUUGCUAUUGUGAUCAUAUAUCAAUCACUCAGCUGGGAUGUGGGGAAAAUGUUAUAUAUGUUAAAAUGGUCGCUGUUGCCAAUGCCAUGGUUGUGCUGUUACUCCCUUUAGCUUUUAUUAUCAUAUCGUACUUUUCUAUUAUCGUAGCUGCUUUGAAAAUGUCUCAAGUUGAGCGUUGGAACAAAGUCCUCUCCACCUGUGCUCCUCAGAUUUUCAUCACCUGCCUUUAUUAUGUGCCCAGGUGUUUCGUUUAUCUCUCCAACCUCUUGGGCUUCAGGUUCGGCACUGAUGCUCGUAUCAUUAUCACGAUGAUGUACAGCCUCGUACCUCCUGCAGUUAAUCCACUCAUCUAUUGUCUCAAGACGAAAGACAUUAAAAAGGUUUUGACAGAGCGAUUCCAAAGAAGAAAAGUGACAGUUGCACAAAGAAACGACUUAAGACAAAAUACUAAUUAAUUUCUGUUUUCGUGUGUAUAUUUUCCUUAACGUCAUCUGUAACUUGAUUAUCCUGGAAAUUUAGUUUGUACACACUCCCAUUCAUUUACUGAACAUUGCUUUAUAUACUUGAUUAUACUUUAAUUCCUAUUUUGUUUGUCCUAAAUGUCAAUGUCAAGUUUAUUUAUAUGGUGCAAAAUCUGCAAAAUGUAUGUAUAAUUUUAACAUGAGCUAUAAGUUGAUGAUUCUGUAAAUAUAGUUUCCACAUUUUCACAUUAAGAUCAAUUCCUCUUUUUCUGAUCAUAAUCCACCUUGUAUCUGUUUAUGUUUCUAGCUUUUAUUUAUUUAUUUUUGGUGGAUGGAUGGCCCAGUUGAUGUCCUGGGUGUACAUGUACAUGAAAAUAUUAAAAAUAAUAAUAUAAUAGAAAAUUAUUAAAAUGUGGCCAAUGUAACUUUACAUGGAAAAAUCACAUUGAUAGUAAUACCUCUGUGUGUAGAGUUUCAUAGCUUUACCCUCUCCAGGCUUUUUAUGAAAUUAUAAUCUGAUAGGAUUAAAAGAGCUUUUAUUGUAUCUCAAUUACAAACAUACUGAUGUCAAGUUGAUGUCACUAAAUUAAUUUUCUGUAUGUUUCUGACACACACACACACACACGUGUAUGUGUUUAUAGGUAUAUA